UUUAAAUCAUAAAAUGGCAGAAAAUUAAAUGUAAAAUUGGGGUGACAUGACAUCAGAUGAAGAUAAUGAUAAACCAAAAAACGCUUCUGAUGAAGAAGAUAAUCGAAAUAAGAAAAGAUAAAAUUACAGAGGCAACAAUAAUUAAAGAAAUAAUAAUAAAAGAGGAUACAGGGAUAAUAAAGACAACAACAGAUAGGAUAAUGAUCAAAGAGAUAAUAAGGAUAAUUAAAGGAAUUAUAAAAAUAGAGAUAACUACAGAGGUGGUGAUAGAAAUGAAAGAGGUGAUAGGAAUGACAACAAUUAAAGAAGAAAUUAUAAAGAUAAAAAUCGUAAUCCAUUUUAUUCUAUUAUUAUUAGACCUUAUUGAAUAAAAGAAGGAGGAACUUACUAACUUUGCUGGAGAAAGUGUUAACAUCCUUAUUCAUCUCUAAAAUCAUAAUUUGAAUGAGGAUUAAAUAAAAGAAGCAUUGAAUGACAUAGUCAUGAAGAAUUUCUCAAUCAAUUAGAGUCAAGCUAGAUUUGAUGUAGAUAAAGAUAAUGCACUUAAAUUGCUUGAUGUCCAUAAAUUAUAAAUUGUAAUUAGAUAACACAUAAUUUUAUAUAGGUAGUUGAUGGUUAGAUAGAAAGAAUUUUUAUGAAAAUUGAUUUUGAUAAGGAUAGGAAUUAUGGAAAUAAAGGAAAAUAUCAAAAGCAAUAAAGAUAAUUUAAUGAAGAAAAUUAAAAUGACUUUGUACACAAAAGAAGAGAUUAAUAGUACAGAGGAGGAGACUAUCAAAAUAGAAGAGGAAAUGAUUAUCAAUAAUAACAUUAAAAAGUUAAUGAGCCUCCUAAAAUCAUGAGAAACACCUCAUCACGUGUAGAUGAAACUAAUGUAAUUAAUUAUUUUUAUUAUCAGGUAUAAUAACCUUAAGUUACUAAAAAUGUUGAAGAAACUCCUACAAAUGCAGGUGAAAAGAAAGUUGAAUAAGUAGAAUUGUAAGAGAAAUAAUAAGAACCUCAAAUUCCAACUGAUGAAUAAUAAUAAUAAAUGCAAUAAUAACAAUAAUAAUAAUAAUAAUAAGAAUCUAAUUAAAGAAGGUAUAACAAUUAUAGAGGAAAUGACUAUGAAAAUAAAAACUAUCAUAAUAAUAAUUAUCAUAAUAAUUAUAAAAAUAAUUUUAGACAUAAUAAUAAAUAUGAUAGAGAACAAAACAAUCAAGAUGAUAAUGCAGAAUAAUAGCAAGAUAAUUAGGAUAAUUAAUUUAGAAGUCACAAAUAAUAUAGAGGAAAUAAAUAUUAAAAUAGAGAUUAAAGAAAUUUUUAAAAUGAUAAUGAUUAACCUGCAGAAUAAAAUGAAGAAAAUAAUUAAGCAUAAACAAGAGGUGGAUAAAAAAAUUAUGAAAAUAGAAAAGAUAAUUACAACAGAGACUAAAAUAGAAAUAAUAGGGACUACAAUAGAGAUUAUAAUAGAGAUAAUCGAGAUUAUAAUAGGGAUAAAAGAGAGUAAAGAGAAAAUAAAGAACAAAUUGAUAAUAGAGAUCAACAAACUAAUAAAGAUAAUCAAAAUUUGGGAGAUAAAAACGAUUAAGGAGAUAAUAGAGAAUAGAAAGAUUAAAGAGAAUAAAGAGAUCAAAGAGAUUAUAAAGAUUAAAGAAAUAAAUGGGAUAAUAGAGACUAAAGAGAUAAUAGAGAUUAACGAUAUUAGAGAGAUAAUAGGGAUUAUGGAGAUAAUAGAGACUAAAGAUAUUAAAGAGAUAAUAGAGAUAAUAGAGAUAAUAGGGAUAAUAGGGAUAAUAGAGAUAAUAGAGAUAAUAGAGAUAAUAGAGAUAAUAGAGAUAAUAGAGAUAAUAGGGAUAAUAGAGAUAAUAGAGAUAAUAGGGAUAAUAGAGAUAAUAGGGAUAAUAGAGAUAAUAGAGAUAAUAGGGAUAAUAGAGAUAAUAGAGACAAUAGAGACAAUAGAGAUAAUAGGGAUAAUAGGGAUAAUAGAGAUAAUAGGGAUAAUAGGGAUAAUAGAGAUAAUAGAGAUAAUAGAGAUAAUAGAGAUAAUAGAGAUAAUAGAGAUAAUAGAGAUAAUAGAGAUAAUAGAAAUAAAUGGGAUAAUAGAGAUAAGAGAGAUUAAUAAGAUAAUAAUGAUAAUAGAGAGAGAAGAGAUAAUAAUGAAUAUAAAGAUAAAAGAGAAAAUAAAGAUUAUUAAGACAAUAGAGAUAAUAAUAGAGGAAAUAGGGACAAUGCUAGAGAUAAUAAAGGUUACAGAGACAAUUAGCCUUAAAGAGAGUAUAAUAGAGAAUAGAAAGAAGGAUAAAACAACGAUCAAGAAGAUCAAAAAAGAGUAAUCAACAGAGACAGAAAGCCUCAUGUAAUACUUAUAAAUAUCUUAGAAUGAACUUUAAGAUUUUGCAAUACCUCAUCAUCAUAAUAAACAAAAGAAGGAAUCUAAAAAGUAAUAAAUCAAAUCUUAAAAUCCAUUCGAGGCAUUAAAAAAUUGAUAUUUCUUAUAAAUAAUUCAAGAUUAAUUGUGUUAUCC